UCUGGUUUUCAGAAAAGCUCAGUGUUGUACUAUGGAGUAGUUCUUAGCUUUCGAUUUAGAUCCGGAAGCAGGAGCCAUAGUUUCGAGAACUAACUUAGAAGUAUUCUCAUUGGAAUUGUUUAUCAGGAAUAUUAGGCUACAAAGCUGAAACCUCAUGAAAGUUUUUGUGUUGAUCAUUGAGUUUGAGUGAGUUUCAAACUCGUUGACUUAAAAAAAAAAGUUAAGACUUUCUGAAACUUCAAUGGCGUCAGAUUCAACAUGAGUAGGUCAAAGAUGUACUCCUAUAAAAUAAGCAAAAAUUCCCUGAAACUAAUGUCUGUGGUAGCUCAAAUAUUUUUUUUUGUCGCAUAUUGCAUUUGACGAUGAGACCCUGGAGAAGGAAGAAUGUGAAGGAGAAGCAGCGGAGCGAAUGGUUCAUCAACAAUGGAAGCAGUUUCCUCCAGGAACUCAUCGCCGAUUCCAACGGUAUUUCAAACCCGAUCCGGUUUUUCUCUUCCGAUCAAAUCCUCAAUGCCACGGAUCGAUUCGAUCCCAACUGUUACAUCUCUCGUCAUAGAUUCUUUACCUGGUACAAGGGCGUCAUCGAAAACCGACCUUACGCGAUCAAGAAAUUCACGGAGUCAGGGUUUACAGGAGAGAGUGUGCGAGAGGUUUACAACGACAUGGUCUUAUCUGCUCGGGUAAGCAAUCAAACUAGUUUUCUCAAACUUGUGGGAUGUUCCCUCGAAUUUUCCCUUCCGAUUAUGGUCUUCGAAUACCCAGAGAAUGGAGCUUUGAACGAGCGAGGAGGUUUUGGUUGCGAGGACGGUACGUUAUUGCCGUGGAAUCUUCGAUUGAAGAUAGCCAAGGAGGUUGCGAUUGCUGUGACUUAUCUUCACACGGCCUUCCCUAGGAUUAUUAUACACAGAGAUAUCAAGCCGAUGAAUGUUUUCUUGGAUAAGAAUUUGACGGCUAAGCUGACUGAUUUCACGUUUUCAGUAUCACUCCCUGAGGGGAAGUCGUGGAUCAAAGAUAAUGUGAUGGGAACUUUCGGAUACAUAGAUCCGGUUUACUUCUCCAGGGGUUUAGUGUCGGAAUACACAGAUGUCUUCAGCUUUGGAAUCUUUAUGUUGGUUCUUCUUACGGGAAGACCAGCAGUUUUCGCUGCAUCAAGUGGUGUUCAUUGUAAUAUUCUUGACUAUGUCAAGGAUCUACGGGAGAGAGGAGAAACUGUUGAAUUUGCGGGUGAUCCGAACCACAUGAGGCUUGGUCAGAUGAAUAUGUUGCUUGACCUGGCACUGAGAUGCUGCGAGAAGAGGGAUGAAAACAGGCCAAAGAUGAUUUUGGUCGCAAAAGAGAUUAAGCUGAUAGAAAGAUCACUCAAUUGUUAAAGUGGCUUGAAAAUGAGUCGAGGAUGGUCAAAUUUAAGAUUGAUAUCAUGCUCAAAUUUAAGUAAAAACUUCGUUUUGAUUAGGAGGGAGUCGAGAGGGUAUACAAAUCUGUCUUUAGGUUUUCAAAUACAUCCUCUGUGUCCAACUAAGGAUAAGGAGUAGUUCUUCUUAGCAUCGAGGCAUAGUUUUGGAGAAUUUGCUUUUAAGUGUUUUUUGUUUUUUUUUUUUUACUUGCAAAUUCUGUGACUUGCAAAGAGAUUAUAGCUAGAGAUCCUCUCUAUUCUUGUAACAAGAAGAGCUUACUCUGUUUCUUACAUAACAGCAGAUUCAACCUCAGGGUUAAUAAUACUUUACUGUGUUCUACCUA